GGUAAAACUUUACUAUAUUUCAUCCUAAGAGGGAACCAGACCUCGAAGUUGGGAAGGCUCUUGCUUAUAAAGGGAAAUGUGCCAUAAUUCCUGUCAUUUUACUUGGGCCUUUUAAAAACGGCAAAUUCUCAUCUUCCACUGGCUGAGAGUAAAAAGAAAUAAAAGCGGUAAAGACUUCUUUUUGUGCGUAGGUGGCCCCGGUGUUCACGCUGAAUACAGAUUUUUACACAAUAAAAUCUUAAAUAUCUCUACAUGGAACGGAAUCCAUUUUUCCUGCCUCGGGAAGGAUUUCUGCGCUCUCGGGUGAAGUUCCUGAAGCAAGGAACCAGUUCCCCUCUACCUGUACUCUUGAGAGGAAUUCUCAGGUCAUCUGAAACACAAGUAUGGGCCAGGACGACCCAUUCGUUCACGCGGCCCAGAGCUCUGCGAAGCGGGACACGGCAGUGCAACGGGAACAACCGGACACCGAGGCCCCCGAAGGCUGAGGCCGCGGCAGAGGCGGCGGCACGGUGACGGGCGCGACUCCGGCCUUCCGGCGUUCUCAGGGGCGGCCCCGGGACACCUGAGCCCCGCGGGGCCGUGAACGCUCAGCACAGCUCCGGGCCGGAAUCACGAUCCACCAGCACCGCGCUGGCGCUGGCAACGGCGGCGGUGACGGACCGGGGGCCGGAAGUGAAGGACGGGGGAGGACCGCUGCUUCCGGCGCCAUAACUGCUGCCAUCUUCUCCGCGCUAUGGCUGCGUUCAGCCGUCAGGUCCUUGAUUGGCACCGCCUGAUCCCCCUCACCUGGGCCUGUAUGGCUAGGCAGACUCCUCAUCUUGGAGAACAGAGAAGGACGACAGCUUCUUUGUUGCGCAAACUGACUACAGCCUCCAAUGGAGGGGUCAUUGAGGAGUUAUCUUGUGUUAGAUCCAAUAACUAUGUGCAGGAACCAGAGUGCAGGAGGAAUCUUGUUCAGUGCCUCCUUGAGAAGCAGGGGACUCCUGUGGAACAAGAGUCCUUGGAGCUAGAGAGGGUCAUGAGUUCCCUCCUGGACAUGGGUUUCAGCAAUACCCAUAUUAAUGAAUUGCUCAGUGUACGGCGAGGUGCCAGUCUUCAACAGUUGCUGGACAUCAUUUCAGAAUUUAUUCUCUUGGGUCUGAAUCCAGAGCCUGUGUGUGUGGUCUUGAAGAAAAGUCCCCAGUUAUUGAAACUGCCUAUUACGCAGAUGAGGAAGCGCUCCAGUUACCUGCGAAAGCUUGGGCUUGGAGAAGCAGCCUCGUCUUACAGCGUGACUGCAAAGAAAAAGACUGUCUUGCAAAAGAAAAGCAGCUCGGUGACUCCAUCCACAUCGCCACAGUUGAGUCAGAUGGCAGUGGCAGUCCUUUGCCAGUGGAAGGAGUUCCUGCUAAGGGGAGGUGCAGGAGAACUAAUUUAUUAUUGUGCGACUGCCAGUCCUGUGCAUUCCAGCUAUGCUAAGUGCCCUGCCCAGGCAUGUAACAAAACAUAGACCUGUUUUCAAGUGGCUUGUUACCCAAGGGUGCCUCACUCUCAUCUGCGCCACCAGGAAGAUGAACUGUGAGGGCUCCUAUACGGGGCAGGAGGAGCAAAGCUGUCCUAGGCCAACCAGAGAUUCAUCUUUCAUGCAGUGACAUGUUGAUAAAAAAUGAUGGUCAGUAUGAAACUGAUAACAGGUUGUAGAUGGCUUUCUAUGGUAUAUCCCAGUCUCUUGCAAACGAUUGUGAAGAAUGCCAGUGUUGUUUAAGAUUCAGCAGUUUGUGUGGGGAGGCGGGGGCAGGAUGGGGGUUUGGUUGCCAAAAGAGUUUGGGAAAUGAUAGCUUAAACAAAAACGAGAGGAAGUUCCUUUCAUGUCGGGAUUUAUGAAUGCCUGUGAGUCCAGUGUCAGUGGUGACUUUCUAGUGACAGUCUUCAAGACUUUCUAAAUAUUAAGUGAUCAAGGCCCCUGCCUCACUUUUAGUUCCAAUAGAAUGCCAUUCACAUGAUCUGGGAGGCACUCUCUUAGCCCUCUCCUGGAGCCCCCAGAAUUUCUCAGCAGCCCAGGCCCUCCCGCUGCCCGUGGCCCCUCCUCCCAGGUUCCAGGUGGUCUUCCAGCCUCUCCAAGGGCCCACCCUCCUGCCUCUUCCUCCCACUGCAGCUGAUCUAGGGGUUUCUUGGCCACAUUUCCCUUGAGAGAGAGUGGGAUUUGCCCUAUCCACAGAGAGCCUCAUUUCCACCUGAAGGUGUAUUUGUCAGUGGCUAGACCAGGUUCAUGUCUGUUUCCCCUUGGGGACUUCUGAAACCUUCCUGCCUGGGAGUCUGUAACACAGCAGCACAGGACCGAGCUUCCUUUAGCAGUGCCGAGUAAGCAGGCAGCGGCACUCUGAGAGCCCGGGGCUGGGCAGUCACCUCCCACUUCCCAGCAGCUCUGUGGUAGUGGGGCGGGAGCAGCAGGGACGUACCUUAAGAUUUCUCCAGUGUCUGACUCUUACUUUGUUUCCUGAAAUAAUUAGAGAAAAGUCGUUUAAUGAAAAAGAGACUGUGUACCUUGAAUUCUAUAGCUACCUCAGUCCAGGCUGCCUGCUGAGAUCCUGUCUUUAGCUCACAUACAUUCCACGGUGGGGGACACCAUUAGUCCGGACACCGCUGUGGAGAUUAGCAUUUUAGUUUGUGUGCGCCCGCCUGGCUUGAGGCAGUAGUUUAGGAAUGACAAGGCUAGAAACCUGGCUGACUGUGAGUCAGAGAGAGAGAGGACGGACGUGGGAGAAAGCAAGCAAAAGCUACCCUAGGGAAGAGCCGGUGACGUGCACAGGCCGAGCAGCAUGGCUGGUGAGCUGCAGGCUGCGGCCUUGCCCGGACACUUGGUAAUGCCAAACAAGUACGUGUGGCUACUCAUUGGUCUAUGAGGACGAUGACAGGCUUCGACUCUGGUUUCUAAAGCAUAUAAUAUUCUCACGUACUUCUUUCAGCAAACCCCAAACAGUAGUAAUUCUUGUAACUACCUUGAACCCUUUGUGGAAAGAACCUGGGUGUGAGUGAAUCAAAAGUAAAGAGCGAUGCGCUAUAUUGGCCAUUAAAUCCUCGGGGCUGUCAGUAACACCCUGUGCUUCCCAAUUGUAGCACCAUGUUCUGUGUGAAUAUGCAUAACCAGAGUGACCCCCCCAGCACCCAGCAUGCCCGGCUGUGCCCCUCUGGGUAUGCUCACAUGCACAUAUAUGGACAUACAGUUUUGUAGCAGAACGUGGCUGCCCAGGGGCUGCCUAUCUGGGCGAGUAGACUGCCUGGCUCAGCCCACAGGCCUGCAGCAUCCCAUAGCACUGCCGCCCUUGCCCCAUCACCCUGUGGGCUACAUGCAGGACAUGGCAUGGGCCUGCUCCCCAGAGGCACCUGUUUGGGGUCUUCUUGAGGCUUGUGCUUUCACAGCUCUCUUUGAAGCAGAUGUCUUGGUGAACUCUGUAGACUCUUUUAUACCUGUUGUCACAAGAAAGCUUUGUAAAACCAGACAAUGAAGCAAAAUGUUGCCAACUGCUUAACCUAGGCUAUGUGAACCCACAGGUAAACCUGAAGGUGUUUGAGGGAAAAGCUGCUAUUUUCUGAAUGAAACGUUACCUCCUAUUGAUGUAUUAAAAUGUCUAACAUAAAGGUCAUGUAAUUUGUAACAAAUUUAUUGCGGUACAGUAAUAUGCGUAAAAUAAACCCAUUUUAAUGUGCA